AUGCUGGCUGGGGGACAGUACGACGCCUUCCCCAUUCCCUUCCCCACGCAACGACCCCCCCCAACCCUCCAACUCUCUUCCCGCCCCGAAUUUUUAGGCGCCUCAAGAACCAUCCCGUCCCAGGACCCACCUUCCCCUCUCUCCCAUCUCUCUAAUCUCUCUCAUCUCUCCCCUCUCUCCCAUCUCUCUCAUCUCUCUCAUCUCUCCCCUCUCUCCCAUCUCUCUCAUCUCUCCCCUCUCUCCCAUCUCUCUCAUCUCUCUCAUCUCUCCCCUCUCUCCCAUCUCUCUCAUCUCUCUCAUCUCUCCCCUCUCUUCCAUCUCUCUCAUCUCUCUCAUCUCUCCCAUCUCUCUCAUCUCUCCCAUCUCUCUCAUCUCUCCCAUCUCUCCCAUCUCUCCCAUCUCUCUCAUCUCUCCCAUCUCUCUCAUCUCUCCCAUCUCUCCCCUCUCUCCCAUCUCUCUCAUCUCUCCCAUCUCUCUCAUCUCUCCCAUCUCUCUCAUCUCUCCCAUCUCUCCCAUCUCUCUCAUCUCUCUCAUCUCUCUCAUCUCUCUCAUCUCUCCCCAAGGAUCGUUUCCCUCUCCCCCGCUGAGUUCAACUCGCUUCCCGCUCCGCUGCCAUGCCAUGCACUUCGCGCCGUUCCGCCUCCGCAGCUUGGUUAUCGUCCAUACGAUGGUUCUAUUCUUAUCCCAGCGGUUCGCACUCACGCGCGCAGUCACGACGAGCGGGCCGGCUACGUCCAAUCACGCAGAUUACGAUCUUCGCGCGAUCAACGAUACCGCACGGCGAUAGUCGCCAGGGCGUCGCAAGACGUCGCCAAGCGUUCAGGAAUUUCGCGUCAUUGA